UGUCCACGCGAGUCCGCUUUGACACAAAUCUGGCAACGAGACAGGAUUUAAGAGGAAAAAAAAAACUUGUCUUUCGCCAAGUACAGUUUGGGGCAGGACCCGGCCAUAGAGAAGAAUAUACAUACCACGUCUUCACAUUAGCAAGAAGGAAGGAAGGAAGGAAAGAGAGAGAGAGAGAAAGAAAGAAAGAACAUUUAGAUACGCGUAAAAAGUGUUCUGUUUUUAUUUGUUUUUGUUUUUUUAAAAAAAGUUUCUAGAAGGAAACAAACAAAACGUUUUGCGGCGCGGGGGGGCUCGGAGGAAAAAAACUAAAUACGUUUUUUUUGUUUGUUUGUUUUAUAGAUAUUGGGGUUUUUUACAUUUAUUUCUGGUUUUGCACUUCGACAAGACACGAUUGAACCAGUUAAAAGAAAAAGGAAGAAAAAUCAAGGAUGUGUAAGAUGUUACAAGUUAUUCAAGGCGGGAUACUGGCGUGCUUUUUAGGACAAUGCUUAUUUUCUAGCUCAACUGCAGAGUCGAGUGAAAAUUUUACACCGGAGGUCUGGCUGCAGCAGUAUGGGUACCUGCCCCCGGGUGACCUGCGUACCCACGCUGCCCGCUCCAAGCAGACUCUCUCCUCCGCCGUCAUGGACAUGCAGCUGUUCUACGGCCUUCGAGUGACCGGCGUCUUUGACCCUGAGACCGUCCAAGCGAUGCAGAGACCGCGCUGUGGAGUCCCUGAUAAAUUCGGCUCCGAAUUAAAAACCAACUUGCGUAGAAAACGCUACGCUAUCCAGGGGCUGAGGUGGAACCACAAUGAAAUCACCUUCUGUAUUCAGAACUACACUCCGAAGGUGGGAGAGUCCAAGACAUUUGAAGCAAUCCGUCGAGCGUUCCAGGUUUGGGAGCGUGUCACGCCUCUGCGCUUCAGAGAAAUCCCCUAUCACCUGAUCAGGGACAAGCGCGAGAAGUUCGCUGACAUCAUGCUGAUGUUCGCCGACGGUUUCCAUGGCGACAGCACCCCCUUCGAUGGGGAGGGGGGCUUCCUGGCGCACGCGUACUUCCCCGGCCAGGGCAUAGGGGGCGACACUCACUUUGACUUCGCCGAACCCUGGACUGUGGAAAACUCUGAACUGGCUGGUAACAAUGUGUUCCUGGUGGCGGUUCACGAGUUAGGCCACGCCCUCGGCUUGGAACAUUCCAACGACCCGUCUGCGAUCAUGGCGCCUUUCUACCAGUGGAUGAAUACCGAGAACUUCGAACUGCCAGAUGACGACCGCAGAGGGAUACAACAGCUGUACAGUACCUCAUUUUUCCCAGCCCCCACACUCCCCCCAAAGAAGCCUGACAUCAUCACCUGGCGCCCCCCCAUCCCCAGGACCCCCAGAGUCCCCAACAAGCCCCCCAACGGAACCCCGAAUGGACCCAACGUGUGCGAAGGAGACUUUGACACCAUCGCGGUGCUACGCGGGGAAAUGUUCGUCUUCAAGAAUGAGUGGUUGUGGCGAGUUCGUGAUAACCGCGUGUUGGACGGCUACCCUCUCCCGAUUGGUCAGUUCUGGAAAGAUCUGCCCGCCUCCAUCGAUAGCGCCUAUGAGAGAGGGGACGGCAAGUUCGUGUUCUUCAAAGGUGACCAGCACUGGGUGUUCUCUGAGUCCAGUCUGGAGCAGGGCUAUCCCAAGAGCCUCCGGGAUUUGGGAAAAGGGCUUCCCAAAGACCGGAUUGACGCUGCGCUGUUCUGGCUUCCCAACGGAAAGACCUACUUCUUCAGGGGGAACAAGUACUAUCGCUUCAAUGACAAAAUGAAAUCCGUGGAUUCCGACUAUCCCAAACCCAUUAGCGUUUGGGAAGGAAUUCCAGAUUCUCCCAAAGGAGCGUUUAUGGGAAGCAACGACGUGUACACCUACUUCCACAAGGGAAACCGCUACUGGAAAUUCAACAACCAGAAGCUGAAGGUGGAGCCGGGCUACCCCAAGUCCAUCCUGCGGGACUGGAUGGGCUGCGAGAACGACGACAAAACGGGCCGAGGCGAGACGGAGGUGCUCAUCAUCGAAGUGGAGGAGGAGUCGGACCGCGGGGUGAAUGCAGUGGCCAUCAUUAUCCCAGUUCUGCUCCUGAUCUGUGUGCUCGCAGCCCUGGGAGCCCUCAUUUUCUUCAGGCGCUACGGGACCCCACGACGCCUGCUGUAUUGCAAGAGAUCCUUGCUGGACAAGGUCUGAGGCAAUGCUUAAAAAGGGGGGGGCGCUUCUCCUGCUUUCUCAACCCCAAGUCCACUCCCCCCCCUCCCUACAAUAAUCUACACACUGUGUUUUGUAGUCUAAAUGUACAUCGGUAGAACUUUGAAAUGUUUUCCCCAAGCGUUUCCGCUUUUUAAUCGUUGUGUCGAAUGUAGUCCCUUUUAAUGUGGUUUUGUGUGUCCUGAGCAUUGUGGACAUGCACAGCUCUGGCCAAAGGUUUUGCAUCCCCUUCUAUAUAUAGAAUGAACUCCCUCAGCUUCAUAGAGUCCAAUGAAAGCUGCUGAAUAAUGUUCCCUUGUUAACAUAUUGAAUUACACCCCCUCUAUAUAGAAUGAACUCCCUCAGCUUCAUAGAGUCCAAUGAAAGCUGCUGAAUAAUGUUCCCUUGUUAACAUAUUGAAUUACACACCCUCUAUAUAGAAUGAACUCCCUCAGCUUCAUAGAGUCCAAUGAAAGCUGCUGAAUAAUGUUCCCUUGUUAACAUAUUGAAUUCCACCCCCUCUAUAUAGAAUGAACUCCCUCAGCUUCAUAGAGUCCAAUGAAAGCUGCUGAAUAAUGUUCCCCUUGUUAACAUAUUGAAUUCCACCCCCUCUAUAUAGAAUGAACUCCCUCAGCUUCAUAGAGUCCAAUGAAAGCUGCUGAAUAAUGUUCCCUUGUUAACAUAUUGAAUUACACACCCUCUAUAUAGAAUGAACUCCCUCAGCUUCAUAGAGUCCAAUGAAAGCUGCUGAAUAAUGUUCCCUUGUUAACAUAUUGAAUUACACACCCUCUAUAUAGAAUGAACUCCCUCAGCUUCAUAGAGUCCAAUGAAAGCUGCUGAAUAAUGUUCCCUUGUUAACAUAUUGAAUUCCACCCCCUCUAUAUAGAAUGAACUCCCUCAGCUUCAUAGAGUCCAAUGAAAGCUGCUGAAUAAUGUUCCCUUGUUAACAUAUUGAAUUACACACCGCCGCUUUGGAGUUUUGUGCAAAAUCUAACACGAAAUACUUACUGUACUGCGAUUAUGGCUUCCGGUAGACUUGUUUUUUUUACGAUAUCAUUUUGUAGUUUCUUUGAUUACAGGAUGUUAAAUAAAAGAUUUAAAUUGUUCAUAUAGUUUUUUUUUUAAUUAUGUCUCUAUUGAAAUUCUAGACGAUGCAAAACUUUUGGCCAGACCUGUGUGUUUAUUCACAUUAAAGUUUUAGAGAAUCCCAAAAAAAGCUCCAAAGUAGGGCUUAACCCUUUGCAGUCCAUUUAUUCAGCGUGUCUCGGGCACGCCAGGUCCAAUUUAUUUUCACACGCGCAGUUAAUUUUAGACACGCUGUUUAAAAGUAUUUUUUUCCACAGUCAAACGGGUUUAAAAGACCCUGCAUAUCAACAAAGCACUCACUAGGCAUCUCCAGCCCCACCCUUUCGUUCGCUAUCGCUUUCAAAUAUGCUAAGAAAUAAAUAAUAAUAAUAAUAGUCGUACAUACUGGUGGAUCAUCUCCUGAUCACUCGUUUUAUCACCAAACUCCUCAAUAAUGUGAUCCAAGUCAUUAUUUUAUUACUAUAACAUCUGAAAAAAGCUCUGCAAAUGUCCAUGAUAUCCUCUGUGCAUUGAUGCAGUCACAGCCAGCUUGUUUCCUUAUGGCCUCCGUUAUCUGAUGCCAGGGGCAAGUAUGACUAUUCAUGAGACACGCCCCUUUUUUUCGGCUUGUCUCGGCUCCUGUCGCUCCCACUCGGCCAUUGAAUGGUUUUCUCUGCUUUUUCUGGAGAGAAAACGACUAGAAACCCGUUUUUUUGCUUCUUUUUGAUGUCGGACAGGGUCCAACAUUGGACCGGAUAGGAAUAAUUGCAAUGUCGGACAAGGUCCGACAAUGGACCACAAAGGGUUAAUAUGUUAAAACAUUUAAACAGGUUUAAUCAUAAAGUUUAGGAUUUUAAACGGAAAUGAUCACACCCCUACAGGAGUGCCACCUGCGACAGACAGAGUGGCAUUCUGGUGCUUUUUAGAUUUUUUAUUAUUAUUAUUCUCUAUGUAAUAAACAGUCUGUGUUGUAUGGCUUGAAGAUCAUAAUGCAUAUUAAAAGGGUGUAUUUUUCCCUGUUUCUUUUUUAAUUCCACCACAUCAGAUUACUCAGUGAAUGUGUUUUAUCUUUUAAUCUGUACAUUGUUGUCGUUUUGUGUUGUGUGUGUUUUUUUUUCAGAAUAUAACGUAUAGAUUUUUUUUUGUGUAAUAAAUCUUUUUUUUUUUGUUUUAGGAUUAGUUUUAUAUUGGGUAAAACACAAAACAAACCCUUUCGAUUGUUUGUUCUUGGCAUGUCUUCAUUUUUCUUUCGUUUUCACUUGACGAUGCAGUUCAAGAGAUUGCUGCUUUUUUAUUUUAGGGUUAAACUUUUUUUUUUAAAAAACGUUGGUUUGUUGAAUUUUUGGCAGAUUGCUUGCAAUGCAAUUCAUUAAUGUAGAGUUGUUUUCGGAGCAUUUAUAAAAGUACUCUAUAGUAAAAAGCACAGUGAAAGCAUGGUAAAGCAUAGGGGAGCAUGGUAAAGCAUAGGGAAGCAUUGUAAAGCACAGAGAGGUCUGGUAAAGCAUAGGGAAGCAUUGUAAAGCACAGAGAGGUCUGGUAAAGCAUAGGGAAGCAUUGUAAAGCACAGAGAGGUCUGGUAAAGCAUAGGGAAGCAUUGUAAAGCACAGAGAGGUGUGGUAAAGCAUAGGGAAGCAUUGUAAAGCACAGAGAGGUCUGGUAAAGCAUAGGGAAGCAUUAUAAAGCACAGAGAGGUCUGGUAAAGCAUAGGGAAGCAUUGUAAAGCACAGAGAGGUCUGGUAAAGCAUAGGGAAGCAUUGUAAAGCACAGAGAGGUCUGGUAAAGCAUAGGGAAGCAUUGUAAAGCACAGAGAGGUCUGGUAAAGCAUAGGGAAGCAUUGUAAAGCAUAGGGAAGCAUUGUAAAGCACAGAGAGGUCUGGUAAAGCAUAGGGAAGCAUUGUAAAGCUCAGAGAGGUGUGAUAAAGCAUAGGGGAGCAUUGUAAAGCACAGAGAGGUCUGGUAAAGCAUAGGGAAGCAUUGUAAAGCACAGAGAGGUCUGGUAAAGCAUAGGGAAGCAUUGUAAAGCACAGAGAGGUCUGGUAAAGCAUAGGGAAGCAUUGUAAAGCACAGAGAGGUCUGGUAAAGCAUAGGGAAGCAUUGUAAAGCACAGAGAGGUCUGGUAAAGCAUAGGGAAACAUUGUAAAGCACAGAUUUUGUUAAGUUUCUUUUCACAGUUCUAAAUUCAGCACUAUUAAGGGUUUAAUAAUGGCGGAUGUUGUUGGCUGAGACUUCACAAGCCCAAGAAAGUUAAGCCAUGGUUUUAAAGCUGAUUCGAACGACUUUAUUACACAGUGUGAGGGUAUUGAAUGGGUUGCCAAGGGUUACCGAGCCGCGUUACUGAUGCUGAAUCAUUGGGAUCCUUUGUUAUUAUGGGAUGACAUCUGCUACUCGGAGCUGGAAGAGCGUUGAUGGGAUUCGUUUUCUUAACUUUUCCUGCUAGAAAUUCUGAAUCUCUUACUGCCAAAAUUCAUCUUCUGGUAUUGCAGAUCUGGAAAAAAAGGUACUGGGGUGGGCUGUGGGGAUUAAAUUAGUUUAUUGUUUUAUAUGAAUGCAACUGUUUUUUUUAUUUUUUAUUUGAACUGUUAACAAUACCUGCAGGCCAGGGCUGGUUAUUAGCAGUACUUCCAUUAUUUUUUUUUUUUAUAUUACUAUUAUAAUUAUGUUAUUAAAAAAAAAUGAAAUAAAAUUUAAAAAAAA